GCACGGUGCACCAAUGGGGGCCCGGACAUUAGCAACCUCCCCUUAAAGGCGACGGCAGCCAGUCAGAGGGCUGUCAGAUGCCCGAUUAUUCUCAUCAGGCGCGACACUCGAAACAACGAAGCCAUCGUCCUCCUCGGCUCCUCAGGUACCUUACUCUCUUCAGGCACUCGCUCCGUCCCUUUUCAUCAUCACGGAUGCGCCGAAGCACACACAGACCAGCCAGCGGGCCAGCACCCGUUUAGAGUGGGGGGGGUAUGUAUGCACUAUGCGGUCCAGUACGGAGUAUCUAGUUAGUAGCCCACGGCAUCUCGUCUCCAUCUCUCACAGCCGGCCGAACGAACUGCCUGCCUGCCUGCUUGCCUGCUUGUCUGCUUGCCUGCUUGUCUCGCUGCGCUGGCCUUCUCCCCUCUUUCCCCCUCUCUCUCCCCUCCCCCAUCCCCCAUCCCCCUUUUCUUUCCCGCGCGCCCACAUCUCACCUAAUGAUAAUCGCGCUGAUGAUGAAUCUGCCCAAGGUUCCUGGCUGGUGUCACCCGCAAUGACGUCUCGGCAGUAUCCAUUGUCUCCAUCCGGAACCAAACUCUGCCUAGCCCCAUCGACGGAACCCAUCCACGGUAGGUACGUACUAAGGACGGAGGACUAAAGACUAAGUCCCUCGGAACCACCAUCCCGGAUGGUGCUACUAUAGGCACGUCCUAAUAAUAAAACACAUAUCACUAAUCACGAGUCACGACUCGUAACUACUUA